AUGUCUGCUGCACUUCUAGCCAAUGGUCGGGUUGUAUUCAUAGACAAGGUCGAAAACUAUACACAACUAAUACUGGACAACGGCCAGUAUGCAUAUUCGUCUGAAUACGACCCGUCUACUAAUAUGGUUGCGCCACUACGUUAUGAGACAAAUGCUUUUUGUUCGGGUGGGGCAUUCCUAGAAGAUGGGCGGCUAAUUAGCAUUGGUGGAAAUUCUCCGUUGCCAAUGGACCCCACAGUUGGUGAUGGAUUCCGCGCACUUCGAUAUCUAACGCGACCUUUGGACACUAACUCUUGGGAUGGAAAAUCAUGGGAUGAGCCGGGUAACAAACUCUCGACCAACAGAUGGUAUGCAAGUGCUCAAAUCCUUCGCGACGGAGCAGUUUUCGUUGUGUCUGGCAGCCUGAAUGGGCUCAAUCCUUCCGUGAUAGCGAAUAACAACCCGACAUAUGAGUUACUCAAUAAGGAUGGAAUUUCCUUUGGCCAUAGCGUCUUAUUUCCUAUCCUUGAAGAAAAUCAACCUUACUACAUGUAUCCAUUCCUCCACCUUUUAAAGGACGGCACCGUUUUCGUGUUUGUUGCGCGGUCAGCUGAAAUUUUCGAUGCUCACGGUCAGAAGACGGUUAAGAAACUGCCAGAUUUACCUGGUGAUUAUCGAAGCUAUCCAAACACUGGAGGGAGCGUCCUUCUCCCUCUGAGAGCCGCAAAUGGAUGGGACGAUGAGAUAAUAAUAUGUGGGGGAGGAGCAUUUGUGGGAAUCGCAAGUCCAACCGAUCCAAGUUGUGGGCGUAUUAAGCCAUUAUCGAAGGAUCCACAGUGGGAACUGGAGCUGAUGCCCGACGGUAGAGUUAUGGUAGAAGGAAUGAUUCUCCCUGAUGGAAAACUAAUCUGGCUCAAUGGUUGCAACCGUGGUGCGCAAGGAUUUGGAAUCGCAAAAGACCCGUCCCUUGAUGCGUGGAUCUAUGACCCAGAGGCUCCCCUGGGUCGCCGAUGGAGUAUCGGAGGAAAGACAGAAAUCGCACGAAUGUACCAUUCAGUCGCGCUAGUUUUGUUAGACGGGACUGUUAUGAUUGCAGGAUCAAACCCUGUGGAACAGCCAAUCUUGGUACCUAAUCCCGACGUUGCGGAACAGGCAUUCGCCACAGAGUUCAGAGUAGAAAUAUACACACCUCACUACCUCCUAGAUGGGAGAGAUAAAUUUCGACCAUACGAUGUUGAAUUACCCAACAAACACCUCCUCGUGGACAGCGAGCCAUUCAUGGUGGGCUUCAAGCUCCAUACCGAACCCAAUGACCUGCGUGUAGUGCUUUACCAUGGUGGGUUCGUCACCCACUCGCUGCACAUGGGCCAUCGGAUGCUAUACCUUGAUUAUGUCGGCUAUCAGCCUCAGAGCAAGAGUCAGACAAUCCUGGUUACUAUGCCGCCGGAUAAUAAUAUUGCACCGCCUGGUCCGUAUGUGGUGUAUGUUGUAGCGGACGGCGUGCCGAGCAUUGGGGUAUUUGUGAUGGUUGAAGCGAAGCGUUAG